AUGUCAAAACGACAGUCGAUGAUGCCCGCGGCGCCGCCCACGCCCGUCCACUUUGUGACGGACCGCACCGGCGGCGGCGGCGGCGGGCCCGUUGUCAUGGCGGACGCCGUGUACGUUGUCGGCACGUUCCCCGUGACCAUUAGCGGCGACUCGGUCAUCCAUCCACGGGCGCGGCUGGACGCCAAGGGCGGGCCCGUCAACAUUGGCCGGCGCUGCAUUGUGGAAGAGCGCGCUGUGGUGGGCGGCGGCGCGGCGUUUUCGGCGUCGAACAGCAACGUGGCCGUCCCGGGCAGCUUCCCGUCGCCGGAGGGCAGCGUGACGCUCGGGGACUACGUGUCCGUGGAGACGGGGUCGGCGCUCGAGGCGGGUGUCGUGGUGGGCCAGGGCAGCGUCGUGGGCGCCCGGAGCCAAAUCGGCAGCGGAGCCGUGAUUGGGAGGUACUGCACACUCGCCCCGCGGAGUCGAAUUUUACCCGGAGAACGGGUGCCCGACUUCACAGUGGUGUACGGCCAGCAGCGGCGGCGGGACGGACGCGUGGGCGCGGCCGAGGCACGGCACAAGCAGCAGGCACGCAAGAUCGAGGUGCUGCGCAAGCUGAUUCCUAGCGUGCCAGAGAAAUACAUGGCGGCAUAG